AAAACUCGUUUGUAUUCCAAACAAUGAGCUCCUCCCAAGUGCUUUACAAACCGAAGAAGAAAGUGCCGAAAAUUGUUGGCCGCUACAUUCUCGGCAAUGUCUUAGGUGAAGGAUCGUACGGAAAGGUCAAAGAGGGCAUACACACAGAGAAUCUAACACGAGUGGCUAUCAAAAUACUUAAAAAGAAAAAGCUGAGGAAAAUUGCAAAUGGGGAAGCGAACGUCAGGAGGUAUACCGGUUACUGUGCGUUGAUACUGCAGUGUUGUUUCCUAGCAUAA